AUGUCGCAUAUCCCUUCGAAAAGACGGAAGCUGGACCAUGAAAUAUCAGACGAAAGCGACGAAUCGCCCAAUUCCCCAUCAAAUGAGCUCCAUUCGGCAUUUCAGGAUUCCGACGAAGAAGUCUUAGACGUUCAUGCGCCAGCCACCACGGCAAAGCAGGCACAACCACAACCACAUUCGCAGCCCAAGCGGGCGAAAGAUGAUGAUGAAAGCGCCUUAUAUGCAGUGGGGCUUUACAAGUCCAGCAUGUUCAAGCUCCAGGUCGAUGAAAUGCUGGCAGAAGUCCGCCCAAACUAUGGGAAAAGGUUCACCGGCGCAGAUGAUGCUUUGCGCCAGUUGAAGAGUGUGAUAGAAGCCAUUGAAGAUCGAGAAGCACUCUCUGUUAUCGAUGCUACAAAACUUCUCCAAAAGUCUCAUAAGGUCACAAUUCCCUUUCCGGAUCCCAAGCCUGACAAGAAUGCUGCCUAUAAGUUAGCAUAUGCAAAACCUUCCAACAUAAACAUCGUUGGGAGCUACGCACUGAAGGCUAUGGUGAAAGCGGAUUCUGUGUUGUCUAUUGAUAUGGUCAUUGUUAUGCCAGAGUCAAUAUUUCAAGAGAAAGACUAUUUGAAUUACCGCUACUUCUAUAAGCGUUCGUAUUACUUGGCUUGUCUUGUUGCCGGUAUCCAGGAGACCCUAAAGGACCAGUUUUCACUGGAUUUUGAAUAUCUCAAUGGGAACACCCUUCAUCCAAUCUUAGUAGCCAAGCCCAAGUCAAACAAGGAGAAAUCGCCAUUAAACUAUAGGAUUAAUAUCAUCCCUGCUGCUCCUCAGACUCUUUUUUCAGAAUCGAAACUACGUCCAACAAAGAACGCAGUCCGGCCAAAAGAAAACGCAGGAACUGAAACAACACUUCCACCAACCCCAUUUUAUAACGCCUCUUUACGGUCGGAUGCCAACUUUGAGGCGUAUCUCAAACUCCUUUAUUCUGCAUCGAGACAAUCAGCCGGGUUUGUGGACGCCUGUCUUCUUGGCCGUAUCUGGCUCCGGCAAAGAGGGUUUGGAAGUGAUGUCUCCGAGGGAGGCUUUGGUCAUUUCGAAUGGGCCUCCUUUACUGCUCUCUUAUUGAAAGGCGGUGGUUCGAAGGGCCAUAGUGUUCUUUCUCCAGGAUACAGCAGCUACCAAACAUUCAAGGCUGUUGUCCAAUUUCUGUCAACUACCGAUUUGACUAGCAAACCCUUGAUUUAUGAAUCACCGGACUUUUCAGGUACCAAGUCAGACGUUCCAGUGUUUUAUGAUGGACCAAGAGGGCAGAACAUACUAUAUAAAAUGACGCCAUGGUCAUAUGCGCUCUUGCGAGAUGAAGCCAAAGCUUCUCUAGAUAUGCUAAACGACGCAGCCUUCGAUCAGUUUGAGUCAACUUUCAUAUUGAGAACGUCACAGCCUCUUCAAAGAUAUGAUUGCAUCCUGAGUCUUCCUGUACCAGCAAAGACUUUUGAUUCACCCACUUGCGAUCACGUUUCUCAGGUCACCAGGUUUAGUCUUCGUCUUUUCGAUGUCCUCCGAGAAGGUUUGUCCGAUAGGGUAAAACUUAUUGACGUUAAAUCUUCGAAAUCUUCCUCUUGGUCUACCAAGUCAUCUGGCCCAACCCUACCUGGACAGUCAUUGCUAGUUUCUGUUGUUUUUGAUCCAGCAAACAUUGACCGCUUGGUUGAUCAUGGACCAGCUGCUGAAGAAAAGAGGAAGGCAGCAAAAUUCCAGAAGUUCUGGGGCGAGAAAGCGGAGCUAAGGCGGUUCAAGGAUGGUAGCAUUCUUGAGAGUUUGGUUUGGAAAACAGGAUCAACCUACUCUAUCUUCCAGGACAUCGUCUCUUACCUGCUUAAACGCCAUUUUGAUGAAGAGGUAAGCCUAGGCCUUAGAUUAAUUGGGGAGAGUUUUGAUAAAGCUCUGCCAUCUUCGGCAGCCAGCUCAAAGCUUUUUGAGACCCUCAAGCAGGCUUACAAUACCUUUGAGAAAAAUGUGAGAGAUCUCGAGGGCCUUCCGCUGCAGUUGCGGCAGCUUUCGGCAAUUAGCCCGCAGCUUCGAAAUUCAUCUAUCGAUCCACCAUCUUUCAGUCCGCAAAGGCCAUUGAAGACGCCUGCGGCUGUGUUGAUUCAAUUUGAAGGAUCCGGAAGAUGGCCGGACGAUAUCGUAGCUAUCCAACGGACGAAGAUAGCCUUUUUGCUCAAGAUCGGAAGCCUUCUUCAAGAUGCUGAUGCUAGCAUUACAACUCGAGUGGGUCUUGAGAACGAAGAUCGAAAACUGCAGAAUUGUUCUUUUCUGGAUGUGAUAUACGAAUCUGGGGCUGUGUUUCGACUUCGGAUUCACAAUGACCGAGAGCAGACUCUACUGGAGCGGCUAGUCAAGGACAAGUCUACGGAUCCCCGAACUCGAGAAGAUGCUGUUGCGGCAUCUUCUCUUUACAAGAGAAAUUUCAUCCAACUUCCUCUUCUCAAUCAAUCCAUUUCCACUCACUGCACCCGGUUUCCACUGUUGUCACCAACAAUCCGGUUGGUGAAGCUAUGGUUCGAUCGACAUAUGCUCUCAGGGCAUGUUAGCGAGGAGCUCAUAGAACUCAUCGUUGCGAGUAUUUUCCUGCAGCCAUACCCGUGGCGAGCUCCUUCAUCUGUAAUGACGGGCUUCUUGAGAACACUGAUGUUCAUCACGAGAUGGGAUUGGCGCCUCGUGCCCCUGAUUGUUGACUUCACUGGAACAAUGACAAGCAAGGACGUGUCUUCAAUCAACACCAGAUUGGAAGCGUGGCGAAAGAUUGACCCGGGCAUGAAUCGAACAGUCCUCUUCGCUGCAUCAAACCACGAUACAACUGGUGUGGCAUUUACCGACAAGGGGCCAUCAAGAAUGGCUGCUGCCCGUAUGACGGCUCUAGCUGUAUCUGCUUAUAAACUAGUCAAGGACAAAGGUGUCGAAUUGGAUCAGCGAUCACUUUUCGCGACAUCCACAGCUGAUUAUGAUUUUGUGGUUCAUAUCUCACCAAGGUUUGCCGCUGAUCAAAAAAGAAAGGAGGCUUCCAAACACAAGUUCAAGAAUUUAGAAGUACAAUCCGAAGCGAAUCUGGAACUCGUUGGCUAUAAUCCUGUACAGCUCUACCUCAGCGAGCUCGAAAAGCUUUACGCAAACAGCGUUGUGUUCUUCCAUAGUGAAGUUUCAGGCUCCGUCAUUGCAGGGUUAUGGAAUCCACAGCACGUGGUUCCUCAUUCGUUCAAGGUGAACAUGACAUAUGCUACGAAUAUAUCUGGAGAUCCGGAGGAGGGGAAAAUCGGGAUCGACAAAUCGGCGAUACUGUUGGAGAUCGCAAGGCUAGGAGGAGACAUGGUGUCACGCAUUGAAGUUAAUCGAUAG